AAGGAUAUAUAAAGGGAUGCAUCUUGUACACAAACCAUUAUCUUACAUUAUCAUUACAUAACGUAUUUAUACUUCGUGACCAAUAAUAAAAGGUAUUUAACAUUCAGGUUCCAACAAUAUCAAUAGCAUAAAUCGGACUAAACCCAACACUGCAAAAAUAGGAUUUCAAAUUAACUACAUACUCUUCUAUUUCAUUUCUCAACUGUAUAUCAUAUCAGCAUUAUGGCUAUUAUCUCAUCAAAUGAUAGAUUUUCCGAAUCACUUUUCGCAGUCCUGGCUCUGGCUUUUAUUUGUACAGCUGUGUCUUUUGUUUCUGUGGUUCGGUCUCAGCCCACUCCUAGCAGUUUAAUGUUAAGAGAGCAAAUAUUAGGAGAAACGUCUAUUGCUAAAAGAAAUCAAAUUAGUGGUACGCACGCUGCGAUGUGGUUCAGCGCCAUGGUGGGGUCGUUACGAUUAGCUGAGAGCGUAUGCGCAACAGGUCAAAUUUAUGCUUGUGUAGGUGUCGCUUCUGUUUCUGCUCUUGUUGUCGUUGCGGGAGCCUUCAGAGCUCUUCUAACAAAGAAGAGGGGUGUACAUAGUUUCACAGAUGCCUUAGGCACUCGUUACAAUAUAGACCUCUCUAUACUCAAUGGACAUGUAAAUACCAUAAGAGAUGGGGUCACUGAACCGUUAAGAACAGAAGUUGGGUCUGCCGUCAACGGUGGCUUUCGUAUGGUGUUGCAUCAUACAACGUAUCCGCACGAAACUGGUCACUUAUCAGCUAUGGGGGCUUCGCCUUACAGAAAUCAUAAGCGACAAGAACAUGAAGCUGAAGAUUCAGAAGAAAACAUUUAUGUCGAGUACGUUUAUGAUGACGAAAAUAAGGACAUGGAAAAGGAUCUUGGCCAAAAAUAUCAGGAUGAUAUGGUUGGAAUGACUUAUCAGGCGUAUACCGAAGAAGAUUUGUAUUAUCAAGGAGUGUGGGGAGCGCAGUAUGGUGAAGGAGAUACAAGAUCAGAAUGCGGCUAUUUCACACAGUCUGAAGGUGAUUACUGGUUCUUCCAUGCUGGCGAAGCACAGUCUUACAUGAAAAUGUUUUGUUAAUCGUAAUAUAUGCAAAAAGUAAGAACUUCAUUUCGGGGUUUAAACUUGAAUUGAAUAGAAUAAAUGAGUAUAAAAUUAAAUGAAAAGAAGAUGAAAUUAAAUAAUAUGAUAUAAAA